GGGAGAAGGGGAGUUGGGGAAGUGGAGGCAGCGAGCCGAUGGAUCAGGCGAGCGCGAACUCCGAGCUGUCCUUGUCGCUGCUGUACGCGGGGGUGACGGCGGUGCUGGGCGCCGCGGUAAUCCGCCGCCUCCUGAGGCAGGAGUUGCGGUUGGGAGUGCAGGCUGCCCUCAGCUUGCUGCUGCUCCUGCUCGGAGAGUCGGUGUGCUUCGUGGCGCUGCCCGGCUCCCCCGGCCUCUGCCUCUUCUCCCUGGCCUGUCUGCUCAGUUACUGCACGCUGCCGGCCAGCGAGCUGCUCACUGUCCAGGACAAGGCCAUCCUAAUUACAGGAUGCGACUCUGGGUUUGGACAUGCACUAGCCAAACAUCUUGAUAAACUGGGCUUCACUGUCUUUGCUGGAGUUCUGUACUUAGAUGGACCUGGUGCUGAGGAUUUAAAAACGAGUGGCUCAAACAGACUUAUGGUGCUGCAACUAGAUGUCACCAGUUCGGAACAGAUUGUUAAAAGCCACGCGCAAAUAAAAUCUCAACUGAAAAACAGAGGACUUUGGGCAUUAGUGAAUAAUGCAGGUGUCUUAGAAUUCGUUGCUGAUGCAGAACUUCUUCCCAUGACUGUUUACAAGCGUUGCAUGGACGUGAACUUCUUUGGAGCUGUGGAACUCACUAAAACGUUCCUUCCAUUGCUCCGCCAAGCAAAAGGCAGAAUUGUCACCGUCUCAAGCAUAGCAGGAGCUAUACCACUGCAAGGAUAUGCAGCAUAUGGUGCCUCAAAAGCCGCCCUGACCAUGUUUUGCAAUGUUUUGAGACAAGAACUUGCCAUGUGGGGAGUCAAGGUAGCUACUAUCCUGCCUGGUGGUUUCAAAACAGGUUUAUUUGGCACCACAUGCCAGUGGAGCAACCAGCACAGACAAAUAAUGCAGCAGCUGUCUCCUGAUGUUAAAACAGAUUAUGGUGAAAACUACAUAAUUGCACUCAAAGAACAGUAUGGUAAAUGGCAGGCCAAUUUGCAAGUUGAACUACAACCAGUUCUGAAUGAUAUCUCCAUUGCACUGAGAGCAAAGAACCCCAAGAGCCACUACUUCCCUGGAGCAGCUGCUAUCUUUCUUCCAAUCAUCUAUUACUACCUUCCCUCCUGUUUGUCUGAUAUUAUUUUUGAUCACUUAUUCAGAUCAGGUCAGGGUGUACCAGAUCGUGUAAAAGAAACUGGAUAGUAAGCCCUACUGAAUUAGCACUGACAGUUAAUUUGUACAGUCAUUAGCCAACUAACAAAUUCUAUUUUACAAACUUUUCAUAUCGAAUACUCAGUUGCGCAAAUUUUUAUCGAGAUAACAUUUUCUGUACUGACCAUAGAAUAGGCAUUGUCCUGUUCUAAAGCUUGAGGUCUGAGUGAGAAUUUCAUUUCCCAGAAUCAUUCAGCACAAUAUUACAAACUUUUACAUUCAAUUGAAUAAACUAUUUGUAUUCAAUAGAGCAACUCCAGUUGAUACAGCACAGAAAGAAAAAAAGAUCCUUUUUAGAGUAAGGAUUCUGCUCUGAGACCUAUUAAGCUACCACUUGAAUGGCUGCAUCUAUUCUUUCAACUUAUGUGUCACUGUGCUAGAGUGUCACGUGAGUUAUUGCAACUGAUCUAGACAUUUAAUAAAAGGAGUGGCGAAAUACAUUGCAAUGCAGAAUGCUUCAUUUCAGUAUUGCUGAUAAAAGAUGCAUUCGUUGAAGAUUUUCAUCUUGCAUUGAUCAGAACAAUUUGCAAAAAGUACCACAAUAAAGGGGAAACAACAUUUAUUCUGGAUUUGUACUGUAUUCGUACAGUGUAAAUGCUAUUUAUGUGGAGACAAGUAGUGUUUUGAAAGCAGGGAUGCUGCAAAAAAACUUGGACAGGCUGGGAGAGUGGCAGAUGGAAUACAGUGUGGAAAAAUGUGGGAUUAUGCACUUUGGUAGGAAGAAAAGAGGUGGAGGUUAUUUUCUAAAUAGAACAUAGAACAGUACAGCAUAAUACAAGCCCUUCGGUCCACGACGUUGUGCUGACCUAUUAUCCUACUCUAAGAUCUAACAUGCAUACCCUACAUUUUACUAUCACCCAUGUGCUUAUCCACGAGCUGCUUGAAUGUCCCUAAUGUAUCUGAUUCCACUACCACCACCUGCAGCGCAUUCCACACGCCCACCACUCUCUAUGUAAAGAACCGACCUCUGAUAUCUCCCCUAUACCUUCCUCUGAUCACCUUAAAAUUAUGUCCCCUUGUAAUAGUCAUUUCCACCCUGGGGAAAAAGUCUGACUAUCCAUUCUAUCUAUGCCUCAUCAUCUUGUACACCUCUAUCCAGUCACCUCUCAUUUUUUUGCCCCAACGAUAAAAGCCGUAGCUCCCUCAACCUUUCCUUAGAAGACCUGCCCUCCCUUCCAGGAAGCAUCCCGUUAAAUUUCCUCUGCACCCUCUCUGAAGCUUCCACAUCUUUCCAAAAAUGAGGAGACUAGAACUGAACACAAUAUUCCAAGUGUGAUCUAACCAGGGUUUUUUAGAACUGCAGCAUAACCUCGCGGCUAUUAAACUCAGUUCACCUGCCAGUGAAAGCCAGCACACCAUAUGCUUUCUUUACAACCCUAUCAACUUGGGUAGCAACUUUGACGGAUCUAUAGACGUGGACCCCAAGAUCCCUCUGUUCCUGCACACUACCAAGAAUCGUGCCAUUAACCCUGUAUUCUGCAUUCAAAUUCAGCCUUCCAAAAUGAAUCACUUCACACUUUUCUGGGUCGAAUUCCAUCUGCCACUUCUUCACCUGGCUUUGCAUCCUGUCAAUGCUUGUUUGCAACCUACAACAGCCCUCCACACUAUCCACAACUCCACCAACCGUUGUGUCAUCGGCAAACUUACUAACCCACCCUUCCACUUCCUUAUCCAAAUCAUUUAUAAAGAUCACAAAGGGCAGAGGUCCCAGAACAGAUUCCUGCGGAACACCCAUUAGUCACCGAGCUCCAAGCUGAAUGCUUUUCAUUGGAAUACUUUCCAACAGAAAAGGCUUCUGAAAUCUGCAGGGAAAGGCUUUGGAAAUCUGAAGUACAAAGGGUCUUGAGAAUGUUAGUUCAGGAUUUUCUUAAUGUUAAUGUGCAGUUCACUUGGCAGUUAGGAAGGCAAAUGCAGUGUUUACAUUCAUUUUAAUUGGGCUAAAAAACAGGAGUAGAGAUGUACUGUUGAGGCUGUAUGAGGCUUUGGUUAGACCUCAUUUGGAAUAUUGUGAGCCUUUUUUGGCCCUGUAUCUAAGGAAGGAUGUGCUGGUCUUGGAAAGAGUCCAGAGGAGGUUUAUGAGAAGAGCCUCCAGAAUGAAGGGCUUGUCCUGUGAGGAGUGGUUGAGGACUCUAGGUCUGCACUUGAUGGAGUUUAGAAGGAUGAAGGGGGGAAUCUGAUUGAAACUCACAGAAUAAUGAAAGCCCUGCAUAGUGUGGGUGUUGAGAAGAUAUUACCACAAGUGAGACUAAGAUCCAAGGCACAGCCUCCAAGUGAAGGGACGAUCCUACAGAACUGAGAUGAGAAGGCAUUUCUUCUUUCAGUGGGUGGUUAAUCUGUGGAACUCUUUGCUGCAAAGAGCUCUGGAGGCCAAGUCAUUGAAUGUAUUUAAGACUGAGAUAGACAGGCCUUUGGUUAGUAAGUGAAUCAAGGGUUACGGGGAGAAGGCAGGAGAAUGGGAUUCAGAAAUAUAUCAGCCAUGCUCAAAUGGCAGAACAGUCCCGAUUGGCUGAAUGACCUAAUUCUCUCCUAUAUCUUAUGGCCUUAUUUUCCCUUUACUGUGCUAUUCCUUGCAAAUUGUCCUGCUGAGUGCAAGAUAGAAUGCUUAGACCAAAUACAUCCUUUUUUUUCACCAAUGCCAAGAUUCUGUACUGGCAAAUGAUUAUCUUUUAAAUUUCGCAACAUGUACUUAAAAUAUGAAGUACAACAUACUUAUAUGCAUUUGGUGCAGUGUGAAUUGAAAAUUGCAUUGUGUAAAACUAAAUGCUGUUACACAAUGUAUUGAUCCUCGAGAGUGGAUUUUUAAAUGGAUCAGAAUAUGAAUCGAAGAUGCGUACAUUCACAAUUUGGCACUGUUGGCCUCUGUGCCAAUCCAAUACCAUGAUCCCAACCCUGACCAAUUUGCACUUGGUGGGAUAGUAUUAGCUACCUGCUGGGCAUGUCCAGGCCAAUGUUGUGAGCUCAAGCUAGCAGUUGGAAGGAGUGAGGGGCAUGAGAAAUAAAACACGAGCCACCAAUUCUUCCUCCCCCUCUAAUAAUAGCCAUAGCUGUGGUCUCUGGCCAUACACUCAAGGGAUUGGCUUUUAAAACUUUAAAGUAAACUUUUAUUUACCCGCCCCAUACCCGUCUCGACAUUCAGAUGGGCAGCUCCCAACUCAGCCUGUAGGAUUAUUAAUCAUAGGGUGCUGAAGGGGAAUGUCUUUGGUUGUCUAGCAUCAGAACCUGCUGCAGCACCUGACUACGCACAAACCUGUCAACAAACUUUAAUUGGCUGAAGAUUUGAAAUUUCCCAAGUGUGCCCCCAAUGUGCUGUAUGAGGUUGGGACCUGGAAUUAUGCAGUUUCUGAUGUGAUUGAAAAGAGCAGAUCCAAUUUGCUAGGAAUUGCUAAAACAGACAAGAAAUCAAUAAUUAAUUGAUUACACUACUGAGUACUUUGGACAGUUAAGGCAACAAACUUGAAUAUUGUUGAUAAAAGACACAUUUUAUCGAUGUUUAUUAUCUUGCACUCUUCAGAAUAAUUCACAAGAAUAGAAAUUUAAAGGCAUAUCCAACAUUUAUAUACUGAAUUGAGAGUACAGAAUGGUUGGCAAGUGGACUCUAAUUGUUACAGGCAUUCCUAUGGAGAAUGCAGCCGUUGAUGAUUAACUUUUAAACUGCCCGGCUUUGUUUAGAUGUCAAACCAGUUAACUUGACUCUGGUUCAUUUCUUAGGACAAUGCCUUAACCAAUCAGAGUCAAGUUAACUGGUUUGACAUCUAAACAAAGCAAGGUAGUUAACAGUCAGUCAUCAUUAACUGCUGCAUGCUCCAUGGUAAUUUCUCUACCAAUCAAAGUCCACUUGCAAUUAAUCAGCACCCUUCUCUCGUCAUGUGCUUAACUUGAGUAAUCCCAUUAUUUGUACUCUUGUGAAAUAUCCUAUUGAGUGCAAUAUACAAAGUUCUAACAAAAUGUACUUUUUUUUAGCAAUAUUUAAGCUUUGCAAUGACCAAACAGUUUGGAAAAAAAUACAGUUGAAAAUACAGUAAGGCAGUCAGCUGCUAGGCACUUUAUAUCCUCUCAGUUUUCAGUUAAGAUAAAGAUAAACACUGAAAAUAUUACACAUGCUGACUGACCUGCUGUCUAUUUCUAGCAAUUUCAGUAACAAAGUUAAGGUGGUAUUGUAAAGCAGUAAACCACACAAUGAAUCUUGCUGUUCAUAAAACGAAAAUCAUUGUUAAAAUUAAAAUAGGCUAGAAGAGUUUUCUGAGUCUGGUCUGGGCAGUUACCUAUUCUAUCGGCUAAUGGACACAAGGAUAGAAGUUGGUUAUGCCUGCUUGUCAGUCCCGUAAUCAAUAGCUGCAUGAGUCGGAGGCUUAAGACCAUUCCCAACCUUGGGCAUCAUUAACAUUGUUUGUGAUGGCUGCCUGCAACAAAGACUCCAUAGGUAGCUGUUGCAUCUGAAUGAAACACACUUACCUCACAAGCAGUAGUUCAAAACUUAAUCCUGGUGGAGAGAAGUGGGGAAACAGUUAUAUGGAUUACAGAAUUUGGGAAGCCUCAGCCAAUGUUUAUUCUAGCAUUUUAUUGGAAAACUUGCCUCUGCUGUGGUUGCAGUGGCCAGUUAAAAAGCCUGAGUGAAGCAGGCCCAGUAUCUGGUUCAUGAUGAGUGAAGCAAUGUCCCAGAAGGGUCAUAAAAUAAUUGCUGGGCCUCUGAUCAACAUGUGCAAGGGGCCUUGCAAUAAAAAAAAAGUGGAAUUAACAGUGGCCAAAAUGCUCAUAAAGGCUCAACAUGGGCCAUUCUGCUGCAAAGAUUUAGUGUUGCCUGUUGUAUGGCCUGAAGAAAAUGUACGACUUUCCACUUUCCACUCCACAAUCUGCAAAAAUUGUGCCCUGCUCAGUGGAACAUGAAAUAUUCCUAUGCAAUAUACAAAUUUAACCAGGAUGGAGUAGCAUUUAGAUAGUAUGCAGGGUAUUGGAUUACUUGAUCAGGCAAGUAUUCAAUUACUGAACUAAUUGUAUAUUUCAUAUUUUGUGCAACUUCUGCUGUUACAACAAAAUAGACUUUGUAAUUAAGGGGAAAUUUUUAUCUGGCACUCAGGGAAAUAUUUUAAUUUCAACAAAUCUAUUGAUCUAGGGAUUUGAAGUGAAGUUCAGUUAUGUUUACUGCAAUCUCUGCUAGUAGAGUUCAUUCAUUAUCUGGGUUGACUUCAAAUUACUGCUAUUUUUACACAUUUAUUCACAUUACAACAAUCAAAUAAUCUUAGGAGGAAUCAUUCUGACAAUUUAAGAUUCAUAAUUCUUAAUGUAAUUUUACAACAAAAAUCACAGGAAAUAUAGCCUUUUUUUAACCAAAGAAAAAGCCAUAAUAGAAAAUAUUAAUACAAAAGCUGCAAAGUACUUUAUGGAAUAUGAAAUUAUAUGAAGGUGAUAUUCUGGUACCUGGAAUGAAUACUAAAGAGCUUUUUAAUAGUCAUGUUGAGCAACACCACAUAUGCUCAGUUAACUCCAAGACUACUGUGAAGUAAUGGAAUGUUCUGAGCUUGUAAACCUAUCCAGUUUUACAUUAUUUGUAUUUAGCAUUAGGGAGCUAAGGGAUAUGACUUUUUCAAUUUUCUACAAAAGAUGUUUGUGUUUUGAAUGUUGUAAAUCUCAAGUCUCAGAGGUGAUAUUUUUGAGAAAAUGAAUUGUGUGUAGCUGCUGACUUAGACUUUGCAAUGGUAUAAACCACUACAUAAUAGAUUAGUGCACGUCUGCAAAAUAUUCCAAGUCGAUAAACUCCUUUGAGUAUGAAUCAUAUCCAAUAACUGUCUCAUUUAUUGUGCUCACCAUGUGCAGGGUUAUAAUUUCAGCAAGCAUUCCUUACUAAUUGCUUUUUUUGAAAAAAUAAACCUUUCUAAAUGAAACAGUAGUUUACUGUCUCAGGCAUUAGUAGAUUGUAAAGCUACCAUAUUUUAUGCUUUCAUUUUUGUUCGUGUCAUCCAUAAGAAAACAAACAUGUUAAACAUUUUAAAGAAUUGCUAAAAUUUUCAUGCUUGCUUUAACUGGAAGGGCCAAUUAACUUCUUACAUUGAGUAUAACCACUGCAAUUUUGGUUUUCAGGACAUUUUGGGGCAUCAUUUGGUAUUUUGUUUUGAAGUAUCACGUGAAUUUUCAGUUGGUUCUGGAGAAUAUUUAUGAUAAAUCUCUUUUUUUUAGCUGACUAUACUUUUUAUAAUGGUAUCUAAUUGAAAUUGACUUGGAAUUUUAUUUUUGUGGGUAUAUCUCUGUUGUUUUCAGUUGAUGAUUUUCCAUAUCUUGACUUAAAUGAGGGGUAAUGAAGGAUUUGUUAUUAAUAAUCACUUAUUUAGCAUGAGGAAAUACUAACUCUGCUUUUACUAUGGCAUUACAGAGAUAUUUCACAAUUUUAUUGUAUAGCAAAAUGUAUUGUAAAGUUUUGUACUGUUCAACUGAAGUGUGAGACACAUGACAACUAGCUGCAUGUAAAAAUAAUGAAAUAGUUCCACUUCUAACUUUGUGACUAUGUGUGUAAUGCUGUGGGUGAAUAGGAGCAUUUUUCUUUACAAUCAAAGUAGUUAACGUUAAAUUUUGUUAAACUGCUGCAGAUCAUCGUUUCAAAUAAUGAAAGACUACCAAGGGUCAAAUUUUGUGCUCACUUGUUCGAUUGUAUACUGGAUUCCUGAAUUUUGCUGCCAUUUUCUUGCCAAUGCGAUACACAGUUUGAAAUUGCUGAAAGUGUGCACCCUUUUUUGCUAAGAAAUGAUCUGGUUAGACUUUCAUCUUGUUAAUGGUUGCAGUAUAUUGUCUCUUCUCUGCUCAUUUACAAGUCAUCAUAUAAGUCAGGCACUGAUACAACUUACCUGGAUAUUAUGUAGCACAGAAACAGUCAUUGCUAACAGGUGUGCUUUAUGUUCAGAGAUAAUGGGAACUGCAGAUGUUGGAGAAUCCAAGACAACAAAAUGUGAGGCU